UUGGGGUGAAUCGUAGGAUAAAAGGGAGGGAGGAGCCUGGGCGGGCACCAAGACCGGGAGGGGCGGGGGGGGCAGCGGCUCCCAUCCCGGUCCCUGCCGCAGGUUGCGCUGAGCUCCGCCAGGGAAGACUUUGGGAGCUGAUGGAGAACGGCUCAGCCAGCCCAGGAGCCGCACUGGGCGGCAGCGGCAAUGAGACGCUGGGCAGGAUGCCCCGGCAGCCCCUGGAGCUGCAGGUGGUCACCAUCCUGCUGGUGCUGAUCAUCUGCGGGGUGGGCAUCACAGGCAACGUGAUGGUGGUGCUGGUGGUGCUGCGAACCAAGGACAUGGUGACCCCCACCAACUGCUACCUGGUGAGCCUGGCGGUGGCCGACCUCAUCGUGCUGCUGGCAGCUGGGCUGCCCAACAUUUCGGAAGUGGUGGCUUCUUGGGUGUACGGUUACGCCGGCUGCCUCUGCAUCACCUAUUUACAGUACUUGGGCAUCAACAUCUCUGCCUGGUCCAUCACCGCCUUCACGGUUGAGCGUUACAUCGCAAUCUGCCAUGCCAUCAAAGCGCAGCUCCUGUGCACCGUGUCCCGUGCCAAACGCAUCAUCUCCUCGCUGUGGCUCUUCACCUCUGCCUAUUGCCUCAUGUGGUUCUUCCUGGUGGACACAACCCAGGUCACCUUCUCAGAUGGGGCACAAGUCAGCUGUGGCUAUCGGGUCUCCAGGAGCCUUUACAUGCCCAUUUACUUCUUGGAUUUUGCUGUCUUCUACAUCAUCCCACUGGGGCUGGCAACUGUCCUCUACAGCCUCAUUGCCCGCAUCCUCUUCAUGAGCCCCCUGCCCACCAGCCUGCAGCACUCCUGCCCAGGCUCCAUGCAUGUGGGCAGCUCCCUCAAGCCCUCCUGCUGGGGCAACAGGGGGCCUCUGAGCUCCCGCAAGCAGGUGACCAAGAUGCUGGCUGUCGUGGUGGUCCUCUUUGCCCUUCUGUGGAUGCCUUAUCGCACACUAGUGGUGGUGAACUCCUUCACAGACCCUCCGUACCUGAACAUCUGGUUACUUCUCUUCUGCCGCCUGUGCAUCUACCUGAACAGUGCGAUCAACCCCAUCAUCUACAACCUCAUGUCACAGAAGUUCAGGGCUGCCUUUAGGAAGUUAUGCAAGUGUGAAGCAAAGAGUGCUGAGAACCCUGUGCCAUACCCCACACCCGUGUACUACAGUGUUACAAAGGACCAUUCCCAUGAUAGCUCCGAUCACAGCGCUAAACAAGAAGAUCUGAGCAUUCUCCCUGCACCUGCAAAGGAGAACAAACCUGACAAAUAAAUCCUGGGACCCUUAAACAGUGCAGGCAGUGGGAGCUCUGCAGCUGUAUGAAUUGUGUUGGGAAAGUGCAGACAGAAACAGCUUUGGCAUUGCAGAAAGCUUAAUUUAAUACCUCUCUAUGGGGCAUUUGACAAAACAGAUUCUUAGAGGCAA